AUGAACGGACCUGAUGGAGUGUACGAACGUCUGCUGCAAUCCUGCAAUGUCGACCCGAAUGCGAUAGAUCUAGGUCAACCUCCCCUAAUCUCCGCUGUUCAGCUUGGCUCAAUGUUGGUCUUCGAUCAGCUCCUACGAAAGCCAAAUGUGGAGGUGAAUAUCGGAGACCAGCAACAGCGAGCCGCAUUAUGGUGGGCUGUCCAUAGAGGACACAUCGAAAUGACACAACGGCUUCUUUCGCAUGAAGAUAUCCUCAUCGACUGUACGAAUACGAAAGAGGGCCUUACUCCAUUGGCGAUUGCUGCGCGCUACGGUCACCUCCAGAUUAUGCAACAUCUCCUCGAGACGGGCCGGCCAAAUGUCAAUUUUAGUGAUAACUGCGGACAAACUCCCAUUUUCCACGCAAUCGGCAGGCGCAAUCAAAGAGCUUUUGAAAUAUUGUUAGCCGAAGAUACCAUCAACCUUGCACACCAGGAUAACCAGGAGCGGUCCCCACUGAGCUAUGCUGUCACCGAAGGUUGCCAAUUCGCGGUGGAGAUGCUGCUGGAGAAAGGCGCAGAUAUGUAUUUGGAUGAAGGGAACAGACUCACUGCCUUCCAGCGAGCUGUUUAA